AUGGCCGCGCUGAUGCGGGGCAAGGACUCGUCCCGCUGUCUGCUCCUACUGGCCGCGGUGCUGAUGGUGGAGAGCUCACAGCUCGGCAGCUCGCGGGCCAAACUCAACUCCAUCAAGUCCUCUCUGGGCGGGGAGACGCCUGCCCAGGCCGCCAAUCGAUCAGCGGGCACAUACCAAGGACUGGCUUUCGGCGGCAGUAAGAAGGGCAAAAACCUGGGGCAGGCCUACCCUUGUAGCAGUGAUAAGGAAUGUGAAAUUGGGAGAUAUUGCCACAGUCCCCACCAAGGAUCCUCGGCCUGUAUGGUGUGUCGCAGGAAAAAGAAGCGCUGCCAUAGAGAUGGCAUGUGUUGUCCCGGGACCCGCUGCAAUAAUGGCAUCUGCAUCCCUGUCACUGAGAGCAUCUUAACCCCUCACAUCCCAGCUCUGGAUGGCUCCCGACAUAGAGAUCGAAACCAUGGUCAUUACUCAAACCAUGACUUGGGAUGGCAAAAUCUAGGAAGACCACACACUAAGAUGUCACACAUAAAAGGGCAUGAAGGAGACCCCUGCCUGCGAUCAUCAGACUGCAUCGAAGGGUUUUGCUGCGCUCGCCACUUCUGGACCAAAAUCUGCAAACCAGUGCUCCAUCAGGGGGAAGUCUGUACCAAACAGCGCAAGAAGGGCUCUCAUGGGCUGGAAAUUUUCCAGCGGUGUGACUGUGCAAAGGGCCUGUCCUGUAAAGUAUGGAAAGAUGCCACAUAUUCUUCCAAAGCCAGACUCCACGUGUGUCAGAAAAUAUGAUCACCUCUAAGGAAAAUCAUCCCUAGCAGACUGUGAAUCUGUGUAUUUAAUGCAUUAUAGCAUGGUGGAAAAAAGGAUUUGGAUCUCAGAAGAAUGGCUCAAAUAAGGAAAGUGAUAAGAAUAUAUAGAUCACAGAGAGAGAAAAAAGAAAAGAAAAGAAGCAGAUAAGAAAGGGUAACAAAUGUAGUACAAUUGAUGCAUUUCCAUGAUGCAGCUUGUUCAUGUAAAUAAUGUACACGUUUGUGAAAAUGCUAUUACUGAAAAAAAAAAGCACAUAGUGAAAAUUACUGACGAAUAUGAUAUGACUUUCCAGGAGUUUAGGUUGUGCUGGAGGAUCAGUUUCCUUCAGAUUGGUGAUUGCCUAUAGAAAUAACCUAAAAGCCAUAUUUCUAAUUCAAAGUUAUAGUUUAACAAAAUAGUCCCUUGGCAUAUAAUAGGCUCUAACAUAAAAAGUGUUGUUAAAUAGGAAAUGAAAGCAUGGAACAUAGAUAAUUUGCAACACAGAAUCACCUUUUGGUUUGGAAUGCGACUUCUAUGGCUCAAUGAAAGGCCUUGGUAGACAAGAAAAAAAGCAGUCAGUAUUUUCCAAAUAAUCUCAAAAAUAAUUGCAAGGCUUUUUUGAAUGCCUUUAGGAAAAACCAAAUUUAUUUUGCUUUCAACUGUUUAUUUACAUUUUUCAAAAGUUGUUUUUCACUGGUAAUUCCCAAGAACCAGUAUAAGACAAAACAGUCCAUUUCCAUUCUAAAGGAAUGGCAUUGCACAUUUUCUUGAUUGUAUGUGAUUCCAACCUUGAGUAUAUUUUAUUUUCCAAAGUAUCCCAAUUAAUUGUGAAUAGUAAAGAGUUGAAUUUCACAGAUUGCAAAAAAAUUUAAGAUGUCCAAGAUACAGAAUCAACACUAACAGAUUGUUAUUUUUUUAAGCUUUGGCAUUCCAUGUGUUUGACAGAAUUGGAUUGGUAAACCCAUUUAUUCUUUACACAUGUAGUACAGUCAGGAAAAGCUGAAAGCAGAAACUGAUCUACAUUUGUGCUGCACUGAAGGACAAAGAAAAUGGACAAAACUUGGUCAAGUGCCCAGGUUUUGGCAACAUGUCAAUCAUGUAUCUGAAGCACAAACUGACUAUUCAUAUUGGAAUCCCAAGGCUGCACAGCCUAAAUGGAAGUUUUCCAUGGGAUGUGCUACCACAAUAUUUACUAUGCAGAUGAGUUCUGUGUAGGUCACUAGUUGACCUCAAAAUAUUUAUUUUAUAUUUUUUGAGGUCCUAAAGUAGUAUGAGGAAGUCUCAUGAAAUAGACUCCCAGGGCAGGUAGUAUCUUAAGGUUCUAUUGUCCUGCAUCAACUUCUAACUUGCCAAUGGCACCAUCUGAAAUUUCUGUACCAAUCUCUCUCUUUAAUAUCUGGGUUUUUCUUUUUUUGUUUUUGUUUUUGUUUUUUGCCAAACAUACCAUUUCUGUUUUCAGCAGCCAUUGAAAGUAAAGAAUAUAAAUGGAAUAACUUGUAAAAUCUACAUAUUGCUAACCUGUAGAAACCACAGUUCCAAAUUCUUUGAAACCAUUUUAUUACCUUUUUUUGGUUUGCUCAGUUCUAAAUAUCUAUGUCUAGAGCAUAAAGCAAAAAGUUAUCUUAUAGUUAUUACUUGUGACCUUUUCUUUUAUAGACUGCAAGUCACUCCUUAAUUUUCUCUUACUUAAACCCCUUCUGCAGUUUCAAAUUCAAGUUUUCCCAGUAGAGAUUAAAUCUGAGCCUGCAUGUCUAUUAAGAAUUUCAGCUUCCCAUACACAUUUACAAGGGUGAUAAAGAUUCACAUUUUUCCACAUGUCUGCUAAAACAAAAAUUAUAAGCUAAUCUAUCCAAGAACCAAAGUCUGUGCAAACAGGUUUCUAUAAGCUUGGCAACAUGAAAAUGGAACAUUUCAGUCAAACAUUUCCUAUAUAGCAAUUACAUUUACAAUCUGUUUUUUGCAUUAGUUCCCUAUGU